AUGGUGCGAUCGCCAACUCCUAGCAUACCGUUGCGUAUGGUCGGUGGUCAUCCCCUUCCCGCCAACGGAAUGCGACCACCUCCGUCACCGAGCUAUGAAUCGGCUCCGUAUAGCUUCAAGUUACGGGUCCCUCCCCGCCUUUGUCCUGCCAGACAGCUUGACUCGUCUCCAGCAACCAACACAGGCGGUGUUCAAUCGGCGCGCUAUCAACCUCACAGUCCUUUCCCUCAUCCGUCAACCUCAGAAGUCCAUCAUACGAUCUCGAGGGCGGAUCGAGCCCCUUCCAGACCCCAUAGAGACUAUCAUCCGAAUCGCGAAUUCGAAACAAACAUCCCUGGCUUGGAUUUGCGCGAGGUUCAGCACAUCAAGACUCGUACCAAGGCACCUUCAUCGGGUGUCCAGAACCACCACCACCAGAGUCAAAGGCACAUACACUCGUACUCCCGAUCCCAUAGGCCUUGCGACAAUAUCGACCACAAGAUUAAGGAUCCGGUGCCCAUGUAUGGCGUAGCGCUUGUUGACGACAGAGGCGGUGUUGAAUUCUUAGCCACCGACAGGAUGGACGACUGGUUGGCGGGUGUCGAGAAUGAUGACUUCAUAAUCUAUGAGGACCCUGUGGAACACGGACCAGACAAAAACGACACCGAAUUGAGCGGUGCCGAACCCCAAACUGAUGAAUCCGGAUUGGCGUCCACCGUCGUUCGUUAUGCGAUGAUGGAGAUAGAAGACGGCGGCGACUCAGACAAGGAGAACCAAAACGACGCCCCGAAGUAUCGCCGCAUUCGUAAACCCACCCCUAUAAAGCCUACUAUCCUGAAGGAGAUCAAACUGAACCAGGUCAAGACUGAAAUUGUCAAGGAGGACGAUGCGAAGACCAUUUGGCCGAAGGUGGACGACUCUAUGCUUAGCGUUCUAAAGCGGAGGAGCAUCAAGCGUCACGCUGACUCCCAAGCCGACACGCUGGAGCCACCUGCUUCCAAGCGCAGCAAGCUUACCAACACUCUCAAGCGUGGCUUGUCCAAGAUGAGCCUGAGGAGUAUCAGAAGCAGCCGUGCUUCCAAGCGAGCAGGCACUCCAUCUGUCGGCACUCGGGAGGCGUUGAGCCGACUGAGCUCCUGGUCGUGGGUGCCUGGCUCCGAAAAGUUGCGCUCCGUCUCAGGCUCUUCUGGACAGGAGAGAAAGAUCAAGAUUUGCCUGGUUGGUGAUGCUAACGCAGGCAAGACGGCGUUGGCCAAUCGUCUUGUUUCUGGAGAAUUUGUCGAGGACAAGAUAUCAGAUGUCACUUCUCAGCACUCGCCAAUUACGGACCACCAAAUCCCAACCGCUCCCUCCUCCCACGCUACGGAUUAUCACAGUUUCUCCAUCAUCGCUGAUGACGGAAAGCUCGUCACUAUCGAGCUCUGGGACUUCCCAGGUAACAUUGCCAAUGAGCGGACCACCCAGCUAGCAUCCAACUUUUUCCAAGCUGCCAUCAUCUGCUACAGCGUCGAGGACGUCAAGAAUAUUCCGUCCAUUUGCGAUACGUGGAAACCCAAACUCGACCGCUCCCUCAUCGAUUGCCCUCGCUUUCUCCUUGGCCUCAAGAAAGAUCUCCGCCCUGCCUUUCCGCCUCUCGGCCUCAGCUUUCUGCCUCGAAAGGAGCCUGUCAUGGCCGACAUGGGUCGCAGCGCAGCCUACCACUCCCGUGUUGCCGGCUAUGGCGAGUGCUCGGCAAAGACGGGUGAGAACGUCGACGACGCAUUCCGCGGCAUUGUCAACUUUACCCUGAGCCACAUGAGAAAGAAGGAGAUAGGCAUUGCCCAUGGAAAGCGUCGCGACAAGGCUAAGGAGACGGUCAAGGAUGCGGGCAAGGUCAUGGUUGAUGCGCUGUGUGGAUUCCCGAAUGGCCCGACUCCGGGCCGUGCGUGGAGCCGUCACUUGUAG